AUGAGGCCUCUGCUGCUCGCCCUCCUGGGGCUCUGCUGCCUGGCGCUGCGCGCUGUGGAAGGUGUGGGGAGUGAGGUCGUGGAUCAGCGGAUCUGUGUGAGCCUGACUACCCGGCAGCUGCCCAUGAACAGAAUCAAGACCUACACCAUCAAGGAGGGGCCCAUGAAGGCAGUCAUAUUCAUUACCAAACGUGGCCUUAAAGUCUGUGCCGACCCACAUGCCAACUGGGUGAAGAAGGCGGUGCAGACUGUGGACAAGUCCAGGAGGAUGAACGUGAACCAGACCAAGCCCACGGGGGCCCAGCAGCCCACCAGGACGGCUGUGACCCAGGCGAGGUAG